CCGAGUUGGAGCCCAAGUAUUAAUACCAGCUCUUCAUCUUCAUGGUCCUGUCCUUGUUGUGGGGAUUCUCACCUUCCCUCCAAAGACACACAAAUCACAAGUCCGAGGGCUGAGGUUGCUAUUCGAAUAGGCGGACGAGGGGAAUCUGUGAUCUCAAUCCAUGAAUUCCAGAAGGGAUUACCGUGGCAAUAGAAUUGCCCUUUUUGAUGGCAUUGAGGAGGGUGGUAUCAGGGCCUCAUCUUCCUACUCCUCCCAUGAAAUAGAUGAGCAUGAUAAUGAAAGAGCAGUGGAUGGACUGCAAGAUAGAGUUAAUCUGCUGAAGCGAUUGACAGGUGAUAUACAUGAGGAGGUUGAGAGUCAUAACCGCAUGCUGGAUCGAGUGGGCAAUGAUAUGGACGCUUCAAGGGGAAUCCUAUCAGGAACUAUGGAUCGAUUUAAAAUGGUAUUUGAGACAAGAUCAAGCCGGAGGAUGUUUACACUUGUGGCAUCAUUCGUGGUUAUUUUUCUAAUCAUAUACUAUCUCACUAGGUGAAAAACCUAUGGUGGAUGUGAUACAGCUGCUAGCUUUCUGUUAGAACUGGGGAGACUUUUCCAUCUGUUUUUACUGCAUGUAAGAUACUCCGAUUUGAGAGAGUUUGUGUAAAAAAACUGUUUCAAUGUAUUAGAUGGGUAUUGGAUGCAUCAUGCACAAAGCAGGUAGUAGUUUACUAGUUUAUAUGCCAUUGGAGCAUACCUGCAGUUUGGACGGAAACAUCAUCCUCACCUUUCCGGUUUAUAACUUUUGGGUGUAUUUCUUUGGGCCAGUUAGGUCAUGCAGAGCCCAAAAGGGACAGGCCUUGUUCUAUUUACACCAGUUACCGGUUUGUUUGAGUUUAGUCGAAGUUAGAAUGGUGUGCACUCUGGGCUUACCCCUAGCCUGAUCUCAGCAAUUUGAUCCUCUUAAUUAUGUAUAUCAGUGGGGCUUACCAUUA